AUGAAGAAGGUAAUGAUCCCUUCGUUGGAUAUGAAAAAGAGCAUUUCCGUGAAGGUAGAUAGUGAUCUGACUUUACUGCUGUCCAGUGGAGUGUACGAAAUCAAGAAGAUGGAGCCUCGCCGGCGGCUCCGACCGAUCGCCUACGUCUGCCUGUUUCUCGCCAUCGCCGGCAUCAUCGGGUUCGGGUACUUCUGUCCGGAUCAGGUGUGUGCCUUGUCGCGGCGGGAUGUCACCUCAUCGGCAGGUCUGGGCGCGUCCGGAUCCGGUGGUCUGGAGCUGACCGGUGGCUACGAGCACGACAAUCUCGGCAAACCGGUCCAGCAGAAUCUGCUGGCGAACCCGGGCCUCAGCUACGAGGAGGUCCUGAACGAUGACUUCCAGUUCGACAUGAACGCACACGACGUGAUGGUGUUCCUGCACAUCCAGAAAACCGGCGGCACCUCGUUCGGUAAACACUUGGUGCGUGAUUUGGAUCUCAAGAGGCCUUGCACCUGUCAGCGCAAGAAGAAACGCUGCUACUGCUUCCGGCCGCACCGCAACGAGAACUGGCUGUUCUCGCGCUACUCCACCGGCUGGAAGUGCGGGCUGCACGCAGACUGGACCGAGCUGACCGGCUGCGUCGACCAGGAGCUCGACAAGAACGAGGGCGAGACGGCGAAGCGGCGCUACUUCUACAUUACGCUCCUGCGGGCCCCGAUCGCGCGCUACCUGUCCGAGUUCCGGCACGUGCAGCGUGGCGCCACGUGGAAGAAUGCGCGCCACUGGUGCCUGGGACGGCAGGCAACCGCCGACGAGCUGCCACCUUGCUACGACGGUGCUAACUGGAACGGCGUGGCGCUCGACGAGUUUGCCCGGUGCGAGAGCAACCUGGCCGCCAACCGGCAGACCCGUAUGCUGGCUGAUCUGGCGCUGGUCGGGUGCUACAACAAAACGUACAUGCCGGCGGCCGAACGGGACCGGAUCAUGCUGGCGAGCGCGAAGCGCAACCUGGCGGCCAUGUCGUACUUCGGGCUGACCGAGUACCAGAAGAUCUCGCAGUACAUCUUCGAGGAAACGUUCAACCUGCGGUUCGCGAUACCGUUCGAGCAGCACAACACGACCGUGUCGACGGUGACGAUGAACAGCCUGACGACGGCCCAGCGGGCCCACAUCGACCAGCUGAACGCGCUCGACAUCGAGCUGUACGCGUUCGCGAAGAAGCUAAUGUUCCAAAGAUUUGAACGGCUCAAAGCCAAAGAUAACGACUUCGAGGUGCGGUUCGCGCACUUGGGCAACCUGGGCGUGCGGAACGGGGUGACGGAGUUCAACUGGGACAGCAACAUUGACGACAUGCCCAGCAACGAGCAUCACUGA